AAGAAAAUUAAAAAGUAAACAAAGCAACAAAGGCCAUUUGGUGGGUGACCGUGCCCGCAACCGUGCCGCGCAUCGCGCCUGGCCGUGUGAUCCUCGUGCACGGAUUUGUGCGCCCGCGUCAUCGACAGCGCCCGAUUUGUGCGAGUCAUGUUCAUAGUGGCAGUGACGAGGAAGUUCACUGCCUCGUAGCAUCGACGGUGUGCGCGGCAUGGAUACGCACGAGACGACGGAUGAUGCAGCGAGGGUCGCCUCCGUCAGCUGAUCGAAACCUCCGCACGUGGGCACUGCCCCUGCAAGUACACCGGGCGGUGCCAAGAUGGCCAGCCUGCAGACAGCCUACCGGGCGCUGCCGUCGGAUGACACCGAGCCAGAAGGGGCGCACGAAAGCCACUAUCUCAUCCACACGGUGCCCGACAGCAGCCCCACACGAUGGAACCACGUGGAGGACUUGGACUCUUUCUUUACGAGGGUCUACCAGUACCAUCAGAACCAUGGGUUAACCUGUAUGAUGCUUCACGAGGUCUUGGAGCUAGUGAAGUUUGUGUUUGUCGUGGGGCUCUCUGCGUACUUCAUGUAUUGUGUGGACUACUCCGUGCUCUUCCGGAAUAAACCGCCGCCCCACAAUGGCACCAAAGUCUACAUCAGCGACGUGAUCAUCCCAUCUGGGCAGUGUGUUGCUAGUUUUGGGUUCCUCGCGUGGCUGUACCUGGUGGGGGCAGCCGUGUACUGGCUGUUCCGGGCCAUCCGCACUGUCUGCCACCUCUUCCAGUUCAUCGAGAUACGUGCCUUCUACGAGCACGCCCUGCAUAUAUCUGCAAGCGAGCUGGACAACAUGACGUGGCACGAGGUGCAGCGCAGGGUUCUGGAAGUACAAAAGGACCAGCAGAUGUGCAUCCACAAGCAGGAACUGACAGAACUCGACAUCUACAACCGCAUCCUUCGCUACAAGAACUACAUGGUGGCCCUGGUGAACAAAGACGUGCUGCCUCUUCACUUCACGCUGCCCCUGCUCGGCCCCGUGGUCUAUCUCACCCAGGGCCUCAAGUACAACCUCGAGCUCAUCCUCUUCUUUCCGGGUGCCCCCUUUGAGAACACAUGGCACCUGCGGGAGACGUACAAGAGGCCUGCCAACAGAGACAUGCUGGCACAGCAGCUGUCCAGGCGCAUCCUGUGGGUGGGCCUGGCGAACCUGCUGCUGCUUCCGCUGGUGCUUGCUUGGCAGGUGAUGUACUUCUUCUACAACUACACCGAUCUCAUCAAGCGGGAGCCAGGCGUGCUGGGCGUGCGCACCUGGUCCCCCUAUGCGCGCCUCUUCCUGCGGCACUUCAAUGAGCUCGACCAUGAACUUAACACCAGGUUGUGCCGUGCCUACCGGCCUGCCUGUCAGUACAUGGACAUCUUCUCCUCUCACAUUAUGAUCGUCCUUGCAAAGAGCGUGGCGUUCUUUGCUGGAGCUCCGGCGGCGGUGCUGCUGCUGCUGUCGGUGAUCGACGAGGAUGUGCUGUCCGUGGACCGCCUGUUUAUGUCUCUCACGAUGCUCAGCCUCAUCGUGCCGGGCCCGAACCUUGAUUCCCGACGAGAACCUGUGUGGCGUCCCGAGCGUCUCAUGACCAGCAUCCUUGCCCACAUCCACUACGUGCCCGACCACUGGAAGGACCGGUGCCACACAACCCUCGUGCGGGACGAGUUCGCCCACCUCUUCCAGUACAGGGCCCUUCGCAUUCUGGAGGAAGUGCUCAGCCCCAUAGUCACCCCUCUGGUGCUUAUCUUUGCUCUGCGACCCCGAGCACUGGAAAUUGUGGACUUCCUGCGCAAUUUCACCGUGGAGGUGGUGGGCGUUGGGGACGUCUGCUCUUUCGCCCUCAUGGACGUCCGCAAACACGGCAGUCCACAGUGGAGGGCCGACGACGGUGGGGAAGACGAUGAGCACGGUGGGGCAGGAGCCGCUUCCAUCGUCGUGCCACAGCCAGAGCAGCAGCGGGCGCAGCACGGAAAGACUGAGCUCUCCCUCAUGCACUUCACGCUGACCAACCCCCACUGGGUGCCACCCGAGGGAUCCACUGCGUUCAUCAACAACCUCAAGGAACGUGUGUGCACAGAAGCAUCACUGUUGCCAGCUCUUCACCGAAAGGACAAUGUGCUCUUCAACUCGCUCAACUCCCUCUCUGGCGUCAACGCUGAAUACGCGGAGAUGGUGUCGAGCGUGUUGCUGAACAACGUCAUUAUCGGCGGAAGUCUGGUGGGCUCGCGUAUGGUGCGCAGUGAUCAGGGCUCCGCAACUGCAGCAGCGCAGGGAGCGGCGGCAGGCGAGCGCAUCCGAGGUGGCGUCGCUCGCACCGAGGGACCCUUGGCAACACCGAGUCAUGCCAGCCUUCUUAACAGCAUCUGUGUCGGCAACGAGCCCUACAGUUUGUCCGCAGUGGGUGCGGAGGUGUCGCUAGAGUCCACUGCAGCCAACAUGAGCUUCAGCACCCUGUUCAUGCAUGAGCUGCACCAGCGACAUCUGCGAUCUACCACGGGGCGCUCGCUCGGGGCAACGCCACCGCCUGCUUCUGUCGUGGAUCCAGAGUCGCACUCGCGCCUGGUCUGGCAGGGGCUUCCCCACAUCCUCGAGUCUCCUCAGGAAGGCAGUGGUGAGGACGGUGCAUCGUCCUCGGUCACGAGGCAGCCGACAGCCGGUCAGCAAGCCCAUCCUCUGUGUCUGCCCAAGCCAUGAUGGCCACAGGAAAGGCCCUUUGGCCAUGGAGAAGACAGUGCGGAUCUAGUCUGAAAUGCAUGCCUCCACCACAUCAGUUGCCGACUGCCAAUUUGGCAGCCACCGUGCCGUCCAUCGCAGCAGCUUCCUGCUCGAAGCAUGAAGGGCAACCAGACUUCACGACGGCUCGUCCCUAGGAUGCCGCCAAAGUCGAGGAGCAUGCAAAAAACCACGCAGACGUGCGUAACUACUGCUUCCCUGGCCACCUUUUUUUUUCUGCUCGCCCCCGCCGCAUCGCUUUCGAAACGUGGUGCAUCCUGCCGGACCACUCGUCGUGCUGCAGAGACCCACACAUGGUGCUAUGCGCUGCCACAAGCUGAACUGUGUGCGCGUGGGUUUGCCUCGUUCUCUGUGUGCCGAGCGUCAUCGUGGUGUUGCAAACUGCACUCUUGCCAAGCAACGUGCAAAUGCUCCUUUUUAGAUUCCUUUCUUUAGCUCUUGCUCGGUGGAUAUGAACUUGCAGGGAAAGAAAACCUUCCCAAGUGGAUGCGUUCUGUGUGCAGCUGUAGACACGAGACUUUAAAAACAGUGCUUCGGUCUCUGUGGCUGCAGUGUCGAGUGUGUGAAUUUUCCCUCUCUGCUGUGGCAGAAUGACGACUGUGAGCAAAUCGUAGGAAAUUUUAAAAGGCAAGUUAGUUUUAUUCUUUUUUUAUCGCCUCAUCCGCUGGCCAAACAGACUGCUUGUUAGCCUGCUUUUAGUUCACAAGUGCAAGACCUCAUAUUGUACAGUGCUCGCUGCGAACUGGCUUACUUUUGAAGAGGAACAAGCAUCGCUUUUCCUGCAAACAACACACCCGGAACAGCCCUCCUUCGUGUGUGCGAGUGUAUUGCAGUUUGUACUAAGAGCCGUGAGUGGACAGUGUGUGCCCAAACUUCUCUUGGAACAAAGGAAGUGCAGCAAAUUUCACCGAGAUGCAGCUUGCCGAGGGAAAGCCUUUUUCUCGUGGAUGCGUGCAAAUCGCAGCGUAAACCUUUUUUUUUUUUUCCUCCACGUGAAACCUCUGAAGCACAGUGGCAUUUUGUGUGUCUGAAGUUGGUGCGCACAACAGAAGGAAAAAAGGGCCGUUAGUCAUUGCGGUGGUAUUUAGCCAGCUGCCAGUGUACCUUGUGUGUGGUCUUGUGACUUGAGCAGAAUUUAAUGUAAAGAUGGCCUUGCUCUUUAAUUACUAUGGCAAGUGCUGUAUCCUCUUGUACAGCGAUAGCCUAUUUAUAAGAGCUAUUUCAAAGAAUAAAGAAUGAUUCUUGCGUUGCCUA